GCCUGGCCCACCCAUCUGGCCCGCUUUACUACACCGGGCUAGGGUUUAGACUGGAAACAAAUAUAUUGCUUUCCACAGCCCUCUUCUCAAUCUCCAUCGCCUCCCCAACUUUGCUUAACGACGACACCACCGGCGGGGAAGAACCAUGGUCCACGUCUCCUUCUACCGGAACUAUGGAAAGACAUUUAAGAAGCCUCGACGGCCAUAUGAGAAGGAACGUUUGGAUGCUGAGCUGAAGCUUGUUGGAGAAUAUGGGCUCCGAUGCAAGAGGGAACUGUGGAGGGUCCAGUAUGUUCUUAGCCGCAUUCGCAACAAUGCAAGAAUGCUUCUCACCCUUGAUGAGAAGAAUCCACGGCGGAUUUUCGAGGGUGAAGCCCUUUUGAGGAGGAUGAACAAGUAUGGGCUGUUGGAUGAGAGCCAGAACAAGCUUGAUUAUGUGUUGGCCCUUACUGUGGAGAACUUUCUUGAACGUCGCCUCCAAACUCUAGUAUUCAAGUCAGGCAUGGCAAAGUCAAUCCACCAUGCCAGAGUGCUCAUCAGGCAGAGGCAUAUCAGGGUGGGCAGGCAGGUGGUCAAUAUUCCCUCAUUCAUGGUGAGGGUGGAGUCACAGAAGCACAUUGAUUUCGCUAACACAAGUCCCCUUGGUGGUGGUCGCCCUGGGAGAGUGAAGAGAAAGAACUUGAAGGCAGCUGCCAAGAAGGCUGCUGGUGGAGAUGGAGAUGAAGAAGAUGAAGAUUGAACCCUUGCACCCAAAAGUAGUCAAUAGCUAUGAGAUUAGAAAACAUGGACCAGAGGUUUUAAUAUCAGCGCAUAUUUGAUGGAUAUGUUAAAUUUUAAUAGGGAGUUUUGUUUGCUUUUUAUAUCACAUCAUUCCAAAUGUCAUGAAGUAAUAGUUUGUUAAUUAUUUUUUGGGGGGUGGGGGUAUUGUGACCUAUUGUGAAAGACAGAAGGUACGUGGAUUCUAUAAAUGAUAAGGCAUAUUCUUCCUUCUCUA